AUGGGGACAUUGAAGGAUGAACAACUACCAUUUAUUCAGAGCUACUUCCAGAAGGUUAAGAAGUUGCCAUCUUUGUUGUUGCGGGGUGUUUGUUUGAUGUUGAUGUUGACGUUUCCUCCUAAUGUCAUUGCAAAGUUUGCGCUCAGAUGUAAUGCCCUGGCAGUUUGUAAACCUAUUCAAAAGUAUGCAGAAAACUACACAAAAACAAAAAUAUCAAGUCUAGAAUCAGCUUGCUAUUUGUUUUGGUUUUUGGAGGAAGGAUAAUAUGGUACCAAAAGUUAUCACAAUUUAAGAUUAACAAAGAAUUUUUGAUGGUGUAAGCU